UUAUUUUAUAUUUGUAUUCAGGUAAAUUACACAUACGUGCGCAGUUUCAGAAAGUGAAGCUGAACUCCGUGAAUGCGUGUGUUACACGGUGAAUAAGUCUGUUGCGAAUUAUCGAAAUCAUUCUUAGCAACUUGACUCAUGGAUGCCUCGGAGGAGGUGGGAUCAGGCGAACCAGCUUCAAACUCGAACGACGUGAAUGAUCCAUUCAAAGGAGAUACAUUGAAACAAGCCUUGGAAGAUGAAGAAAAUCUUGACGAUUCGAAAGUUGAGGAAAUAAUUGAAGACGAUAUUAACGAAGACAAUAUCCGAGAAUCCCAGAAGUCAUGGUCAGAAUCGGAAAUAAAAUCUGCUCACGAAGAAGUCUUAAAAUUGAAGGGCGAUGGAAACCAGCUUUUCUUGUCAGAGAAGUACUUAGACGCAAUCCAGGCAUAUUCCGACGCCUUGCGCAUGUGUCCACUUCAGUUCAGCAAAGACCGGGCUAUUAUUUACCAAAAUCGGGGUGCCUGCAAGUCUAGGUUAAAUCAGACUGAUCAGGCGAUCAAAGAUCUGACGAAAGCAGUUGAAUUGGAUCCGAACUAUUUUAAAGCUCGACUGAAACGUGCUCAAGUUCUGGAGCAAGCGGAGAAGCUUGAGGAGGCAUUGCAAGAUUACGAACACUUGAUAAAAAUGGAUCCCAGGAACAAAGAAUGUUUCGAAGCCUGUCGCCGUCUCCCGGAACGAAUCAAUGAAAGAAAUGAAAAGUUGAAGACGGAAAUGAUGUCGAAGCUCAAAGACCUCGGAAACUUGGUGCUGAGACCAUUCGGGUUAUCCACCGAUAACUUCCAGUUAACGCAAGAUCCUAAAACUGGUGGUUACUCUGUUAACAUGCAAAAUUCGAAGUAGUGAAUUUAUUUGGCGUAUGCCUUUUGUUGUAUUGGAAUAAUGUGAUGGAUUCUUGUGAGCAUUCAAUUUUGAUCGGGUUUUACUUUAUUCGAAAUAUGGGUUGGCGAAGGCAAUUCGAUUUCAAAUUUUCUUCUGAAUAUUAGGAAUGUUUACAUACGUGUCUAGUUGGGGUUAUUCAUGCGCAAAAUGUAACCGCGCACAUGUUGACAAGUCGAGGUCGAAGUUUUACGUCAUAUACGUAAAAUUUUUAUCGAGGACGACUAUGACGCAAUUCAAUUAAAAAUGGAAAUUUUCCGGAGAAAGUCUCGGACGCGCAAGAGAGGGAUGCGGGAGUUUCCGAAAGCGGCUGAAAAGUGUAAGGAAGUCGGGGCAUCAUUUAUAUAAGGUUCAUUGUUUAUCAAAAUAAUAUGGAUACAAAUUAAAUGUGGAAUCCACGGGGGAACGAUGCUUGUCUUGAUUAUUAAUAGAGUGGAAUAUUGUGGCAUUCGCCUGGAAAAGAUACAACCCUCCCUCUGUUUUUUUAAUGCGGUAAUAAUUAUAUUUUGGGGAUGCCUGGAUUUUUUCUUGUUUUUUCGCUCUCACAAUUUACUCAGAAAGAAUUUAACGAUCAUAUGAUUACAGAUAUUAAGAGCGCGUGAGCAACCUGCAAAAUUCGGAUCUGAAUACCGUGUGAUGGUCGCUGGGGUUCUUCAGUUCUUGUAUGAAAUUUAAUUUUAAUUCGCCUUUUUUGGUCAUGAUAUUCCGGAUUUCAGCGCACCAUUUUGAAUAUUCUCCGUUUCUGCUCCAGGGUUGCCGUUUCGAAAAUGUGCAUGAUUGAUAACGCGCAGAAGGGAACAAAAUAAAUUUAUACUCGAAUGAAUUUAAUGCUUGUACAAAAUCGAAAUUUCUGAAUUGCCAGCGUUGCACCCAAUGAGAAUCGACGUAUAUGUUUAUGAGUGAUUAUCAUAUUACCCGGAAAAAGGCAGAGCUGUGAGUGCA